AUGACGUCCCCCAGGACCGUCAAGGAGGUUCAAAAACUCACAGGAAGAAUUGCAGCUUUGAACAGGUUUGUUUCUAGGGCUACAGACAAAUGCCCGCCCUUUUUUAAGACUCUGAAGCAGGCCUUUACCUGGACCGACGAAUGCGAAGCUGCAUUUCAAGAACUAAAGCGUUAUUUGAGCAGCCCACCAUUUCUAAGCCCGUCCAAAGAAGGAGAAAACCUAUACUUAUACCUGGCAGUGUCAGCCUCGGCAGUAAGUGCAGCCCUGAUCAGAGAAGACAGCAAUAAACAGCUACCGGUUUACUACGUCAGCCAAGCUUUCCAAGGAGCUGAGUCUAGGUACCCAAAGAUCGAGAAGAUCGCGUUCGCGCUGAUAGUGGCUUCGCGCAAAUUAAGGCAAUACUUCCAGGCCAAUCCCAUUCUCGUAAUGACGGACCAACCAAUCAAGAAAUCAAUGAACAAGCCCGAAGCUGCAGGAAGAAUGGUCCAAACGGCGAUCAAGGCGCAAGCACUGGCAGACUUCAUCACAGAGUUCACUCUUCCAGACGAAGACAUGAUUACCAACGAGGUGGACAGAUGGACAAUACAAACUGAUGGUUCGUCAGCUCAGAGGAAGGGGGGAGUAGGGGUCGUCAUAACCACCCCCGACGGAGAAGUGCUGAAAUACGGGGUCCAAUUAAGAUUCCCGGCCACCAACAACGAAGCUGAAUACGAGGGGAUACUGACGGGACUGAGGCUUGGAAGGGCACUCGGUGCUAAAAACUUGUUGAUUCAAAGUGACUCAAAGCUAGUGAUUGGAAAGAUCAGGGGAGAAUACGAAGCAAAGGAAGAAAGGAUGCAGAAAUACCUCAAGCUGACAAAACAUCUGACUCAGGAGUUUGAUGUAGUGGAGUUCAUGCAGAUCCCAAGGAGUCAGAACAUGGGGGCUGACGAAGUCUCAAAACUAGCUUCAUCAGAAGAAGGGAAACUUGUCACAGAUCUGGCAAUAGAGGUCCAAAAACACCCCAGCAUUGAAGAAAUUGCGACAUUCACCAUCCAGGGCAUAGACAGCUGGAUGAUGCCCAUAAUAUCCUAUCUCCAGGACGGGCACCUCCCUCUUAGCACGGAGGAAGCUAAAAGAUCAAGAAAAGGGCAGCCAGGUUCACGAUCCUUAAUGACGCCUUAUACAAGAGAGGGUUCUCUAUGCCUUACUUGA